AUGUUUGAAAGCAUCGCUGAAGUUAUAAAUGAAAUUAGACUAGCUGAAAAUAUAAAGAAGUUAAAGAAAUCUCACAGGGAUGAUGUUGAUGCUAUGUAUCGGCGUACAAAAUCUGAUGAGAAGUCUGAUGCUGAUAUUGAUGAUGAGGACCUUGAUGUGCAAGAAUUUGAAAAGGUUUCCAAUGUGGGCAGUGCUAGUGGUAGUCAAGAAGUUGUUCAGAGUCAGAGGAAGAGAAAAUUCAAGAGACAGAGUAAUUGUAGGGGUCCAAUAGAUUCACUCAUGCAGACAGACCACCGUAAAACUCAACAAGCCACUCUUGAAAGAAACAGUUUAUCGAAAGAGAAGUUACUGAAAGAUGCAUGGAAAAGCAUUUCAGCUUGGAUGACUGAGAAUUCCAUAUCUUUUAAUACUGUUCGUUGUCCAAGUUUCCAAGAAAUGAUAUAUGCAAUUGGUGAAUAUGGGAAAGCUAUGCCCGCGCCAUCUUACCAUCAGAUUCGUACAAAUCUUUUCAAGGAGCAGUUAGAAGAAAUGAAGAAGUUUGUUGAUACAUUUAGGGUACAUUGGAAGAGGUAUGGAUGUUCUAUUAUGUCCGAUGGUUGGACAGAUGGGAAAAAGCGACAUCUUAUCAACUUCUUGGUGAAUUGUCCGAAAGGGUCAGUUUUCUUGAAGUCUGUGGACGCGUCAGAUAGAACCAAUGAUGCUGAUUUCAUACGUGAGCUUGUAAAGGAGGUAAUUAAUGAUGCUGGGAAGGAUUUAAUGCUUGAAUACCCAAAUCUAUUUUGGACUCCUUGUGGUGCUCAUUGUGUCCAGUUGAUGUUAGAAGAACUUGGUGACAAGCUUACACGAAUCAAGACAGCCGUCAUUCUAGGUAAAAGACUUGUUACAUACAUUUAUGCUCAUUUCCAAGUAUUGUGCUUGAUGAGGAAGAUGACAGGUGGAGACUUACAUAGGUCUACAAAGACUAGAUUUGCAACUCAGUAUUACACACUAGAAAGUCUUCAAAAGUAUAAAAAUCCUUUACAAAUGAUGUUUGUGAAUGAUAGGUGGGAAAAAAGUAGAUUUGCAAAAGAAAAUGUUGGAAUUAAUGCACUUAAAAUUGUUACAAGUAGUACAUUUUGGGAAGAUGUUGAUUACUCUUGUAGUGUGUUGAAGCCUUUAGUUAAGCUUGUAAGACUACUGGAUAUCGAGCGCAAACCUACGAUGCCUUGUUUUUAUGAUGCAAUGAGAAUAGCAAGGGAUCAAUUAGAGAAGAAUUUCAGCGAAGAUUAUGAUACUUGGGCUGUAAUUAAUGCUUGCUUUGAGAAAAGAUGGAAGAAAAACUUCAAUCAUGCUCUACAUUGUGCUGCAUAUUAUUUGAAUCCAUCCAUAUUCUACAAUAUUGAAACUUAUGAAAUGGAUAGUAAUGAAAAGUACAUAGAAAUCAAAAGGGGACUUCAUACAGUAAUGGAAAGGCUUAUACCCAAUGAAGAUGAGCUUGAUCAAGCUACAAGUGAAUUGAGAAAGUAUGCUGAUGCUGUUGGGAUCUUGGGAAGUCCAUCUUGCAAAAGAAGAAGAACCAAGGAUCAACCUCAUGAUUGGUGGAUUACAUUUGGAGGAAUCGAUGUGCCUAACCUGCAAAAAUUUGCAAUCAGAGUAUUGAGUCUUACUUGUUCUGCUUCCCCAUAUGAGCGAAACUGGAGCACAUUUCAAAAUCGUCAUUACAUAGAAAUCCAACAAUAUAACGACGAUGAUAAAGCAAAUGAUCAUAUUUUCCUGGAGGAGCAUGAUGACAAUGAUGAAUGGUUGGAUUUACGAAAUUUGAAUGACUUGGAUGUGCUAGGUGAUAAUGUAAGUUUCAAUGAUUUGCAAGAGACAGUGGGUGAAGAACGUGAGACAGUUGGUAGUGGAGGUGCUUCUAGUUCUCGAAGCAAGUCUACUUUUCCAACCGACUCGGAGUAUGAUGGAUAUGAUACCGAUGAAUUGAUGUUGGACACUGAAAAAGGGCUACUCGUUGUUGCUGAGAAUGACAAAGUUACUCAAGAUGAUGAUAUCUAUGAUUAUUCAAAUUAUGUUGAUUAG